CUUCCCUAGUCCCUAGUCCCUUUCUCUCCUGGUGACUCGGGACUUUCCCACUCCGCCCAAAACAAGGCUGCAGAGAAGGAGCUCUCACUGGUCCAAGCCAUUCCCACGGAAAAACAACUUUGGGAAUCCCCAGGACUUUUUGCAACCAACCCCCGACCGUACACUCCGUCACAGUCUACACUCAAAGUCCUUCCUAUCGACCCACCAAGGUCGGGCACUCCCUCCCCCAUGCUCUCCAGCCCCACCAGCAUGGACCGUCCCCGCCCCCUCCAUCACCAAAUCUCCACCUCAACUUUCGGCGCCCACUCCGACUCCCGCGGCGCUCCCUCCCCAACUUUCAGCGCCCACUCCCACGUCGCUUCCCCCCGAAUGGCCGCUGCCGGACCACCUAAACAAAGCGUGCUGAAAUCCACCCCGAAUAUGGCGUUCAACCCGAUCCCGACGUCCCCCGGCAAAUCGUCCAAAUUGAAGAUCAAUGUGUUGCUGGAUUCGACGAUUUAUGUGGCGGGAGGGAACCUGCAUGGGCGGUUGGAGGUGGUUUCGUCGAGUAGUAAGAGUUUGAGGUUGGGGGAGAUUGCGGUGGAGUUGAAUGGGUUUGAGGAGGUAUCCGACAAAGACUACGCCCGUAGCCAAGCCUUCCUCUCCUCCCGCAUCGUCUUCCAAGGCGAUCGCCUCCCCCCCUCCAACGCCGUCCGCGGCCCCUCCGAGAACGGCUACUGGCAAGCCAACAAAGGCAAAACCACCUUCCCCUUCGCCUUCCGCCUCCCCGACGACGCGCCAAGCUCCUACUCCUUCCAGUCCCUCGCAAGCCUCCGAUACGUCAUCACCGGUGUGGUCCAGUAUCAGCAGAACGGACGCAGUGAUAGCUUGUUUCGCUCGAAGGAGGGGUUUGUGGUGGAGAAUUGGUAUAGUAGUAACAAUGGGGUUAUGACGAGCGAGCCGGUGAGGGCUAAGAAUCAUCGGAAGGUGUGGUUUGGAGGCGCGGGUGAGGUCCAUAUUGAGGGGACUAUACAAAAGUCCUUCUUCUGCUCUGGCAAUGAUGUCUAUGUCGAGUUGCGUGUGAGGAACGAAUCCAAACGAAGGGUAUCAGGCAUUAAACUCUCACUCGUCCGCAAGCUCCUCAUGGUCAAGGACGGCAAAAGCAAAAGCCAGACCACCGGCGAUACGAAGAUCGUCAGGGAGACUGUCGCGGAAGUGGCCUUCAAGGAGAAGGAUUUCAUCUUUGAUCCUGGAGAAGAUCGCGCGAAUAUCUUGAACAUGCAAAUUCCUCGAUUCGUGAGGACUUGCAAGCAUACGGCGUUGGCGGAAGUCGCGUGUAUGUUGGUGAUGUCCCUCAACAUGGGUACCUUCAACAAAGAGCUAGUAAUCGAACUCCCCAUCAACGUUUGCCACUCCGCAAGCAUCCUCCCACCCCCUGAGAUCGACACCCAAGCCAACAUGCACCCACAGCAUUACAACGUCAUCCCGGAUGACCCAGAACCCUUCCCCUCGGUGCGCAAUACCUAUCGUACCCGCAAUAAGAACUGGAAAGCCACCCUCCGCGCCCGCUCGGCUUCGCCGCCUAAAACCAUCCGUGGAGCGGCUUACGUUGUGCAUGCCGCAAAAGACGCGCCGGAACAAGACCAGGAUGACACCCGCGGGGCGCCCACGGGCCGGCGAGCGCUACCGUGGUCGGAUGAUGAAGGGGAUGUGCAGGAGUUCCUGACAAUGAGGAAACGGUUGGCGAGGAAGGCGCAGCAGCAGAUGGGGAGAGGAGUGAAUGAGGAUGUGGAGGAUGCGUCGUCACCAUUUGGGGGGUUGUUGAGGGAGUUGGCGCCGAAUUCGCCGUCGAUGGCGACGUUGAGGGGUGUCCCUAGUAAAGGGAAUAUUGCCAAAUCUCCCGCUUUAGAUCCAGCAACACCGAUCUCCUACAUCCCCGCCACCGAACGCUCCAAGUACAUCUCCAACAAAUCCAUCCUCCUCGACGAGCCCGCCUCACCCACUCAAGAAACAACCCACCCAACCUCGCCUCAAAGCUGGGGAACCCACCGCAUCUCCGCCCUCUCCACCGACCCCCUCGCCCUCCCAUCCCCAAUCAUGAAGGCCCGCAGACCGUCCCUCCCGCAGGGAUUGUAUGAGCCGACUAACCGCUCGGCUGCGAUCAAUAUGUCGGUGGUGAGUGGGAAUGGGAACACGACGAUGCAGGCAACCACGCCCCCUCAUCUUAGACAAGCGCGCCCGCUCCCCUCCGUACCUGCCGUAACAGCAUCGUCUCCCCACCGUGGCCGAACGAACGAAAAGGAGGACGUACCAGUGCAGUACCGCACCAUCUCCCCACCCCUCAAACCCCGCCCUGCAAACUACGUCCCCAAAACGUUACGUGACCCGAAAUCAUUACAAAAUAUCCGACAACCGGGCGCACGACCCGCGACGCUGAAACAGGUCGUGUCGGAUGAGCAUUUGAAACCGCCCUCCUCUUCGUCGAGGAAGCGUGGGAAUGCUGGGAGGAAGGGGGAGGAGGUGUCCCAGCUUUCGACGAUAGUGGCGGGUGGGGCCGGGAGGAAGGAUAGGAAUUUUUUGGAUGUGUCGUUUGAUUUUGGGGAGGAGUUUACAGGCAAAAACGCAAAAACAUCAACCCUCGCCCGCCUCGCCAACGGCGCGAACGGGAACAAAUCCGAACGCAAACCCAUCUCCGGCCUCUUCACAUCCUCCGCUUCCACCAGCGAUAAAGAGAACAAAAGCCCUGAUCGGUCCCACCACAUCUCACCACAACGGCCCGUUUACAGCCAACCACCACCCCACCCACAUCAGCAACAACGGGGGAGAGAACAAUCGCAUCAUUAUGUCGGUGAUCAAUCUCGUUCCGUGUUGGGUACGUCCCCGCCGAUGGAUAGGUCGAUUUUAUACCAGCAGCAGCAGCAGCCGAGGAUGGUCCAUAUGCAACGGCCGUAUCCGCGGCAAACGCAGACGGCGAAUGGGCAGGAUGUGGAGAGGGGACGGCCGGCUGUGGUGGAGAGGGGACGACAGGGCAAGAAUAAUGCGGCGCAACGGACGAUUUCCCCGAGGGCUAUGUCGCCGCAGUUGCAGGAGUAUCUCGCAAAGUAUUCUGAAGCUGCCAGUCGGGUCUGAAAGUGCAAUCCCUACCGCAAGGCGUUCUCACCCCAUUAUCGGCGUCGUGUGAGGCGAUGUGCGACAUAGGCGUAUAUAACAGCGGCGUUUGGACAGACAUUUUCAUAGGAGAGUUGUCCCAUAUUCCCUUUUUUGAGUCUCCCCUCAGGUCCCUACACGCCUUCCCCCUCCCCACGUCCUCGAGCUGAAACCUCGUGUACGGAUGUACAAGGAUAAUCUUGUCCCCCACAUCCGCUUCCCACCAUCCCUUCCGCUAUUCUCCCAUCCUAACCCAUAUGUUCCCGUCUUCCCUGUUCUAAUUUCAUUUUAUGCGUGUUUCUCUGU